AUGAUCGAUCUCGAUAAACACCACGAUGUCCCGGAAGACGACGCCCAGCUGGCUCGUAUGGGCCACAAGGCCGAACUGCAACGGAACUUUUCCACUCUCUCGAUGCUGGGCUUGGCUUUUGCCGUGUUGAAUUCGUGGACUGCUCUUUCGGCGAGCCUUUCGAUUAGUUUGACGUCCGGGGGGAGUACCAGUGUUAUCUGGGGCCUGGUCACGGCCGGAACAUGCAAUCUGUGCAUUGCGGCUUCACUGGCCGAGUUCCUAUCGGCCUAUCCAACGGCGGGUGGUCAGUAUCAUUGGGUGGCUGUUGGUAUGUGGCAUGACGCUCGCCUUAUUCCAUCCAUUCUAUCCUAUCCUAUCCUCUUGAAGCUGCCAAGACUAACUGCAUAG